CGUGAGCUCCAUUUGUCAGCUAAGAAAUUAUUGUGAAACAUAUUGUGUAAAAGAAUUUUUUGAAAUUAUAAAACAUGGAUGAAGCAGAUGCAUUACCUUUUCGUCUUCCAACGAUGAAAUCUAAACCUACUGAUGAAAAAGAAGCGGAGGAGAAAUGUAAUAGACGCCGGUUCGACCCGAACGCUUUAUACUACGACAUGUCCGGGGACAAGCACUUGCUCAUAUUCAACCAUUAUGCAUAUCAAUCUACGGUGUACUUCAGAAAUAAAAAGCCGUCUACACGAAAAGGUACAUUCGGUGAUGUGGAAAGACUGAACAAUGUGUUUAAAUCUCUAAACUUCAAAGUGGCGAGUUACACAGACUUAUAUUAUAGUAACAUAAAAGAGAAUAUAAAUGCCUUUAUCGCCAACGAUCAUAGUAACACGUCGUGCAUAUGCGUAGUUUUUUUGACUCAUGGCAAUUGCAACGGUGAAUUGUAUGCUGCGGACAGGCCAUUCUCACCAAAAAUUGUGAUGUCACUAUUUGAGAAUGUGAAACUGGCUACUAUUCCGAAAUUGUUUAUUAUACAGGCCUGCAGAGGUGAAGAUGUAGAUGCCGGCACUUACGUGUCAACUGAUACUACGGUAUUCACCGAUUUACAUAUUCCAACGCACAUUGACUUUCUAACGCUAUAUGCAAGUGUUGAAGGAAUAGUGGCAUUCAGAGACAAAGAAGGUUCAUGGAUGAUACAGGAACUGUGUAAUGUCAUCGAGAAAUAUUAUAAGGAAUAUGAUAUCCUUCAUUUGAUCACAUUGGCGAACAAAGCUGUGGCAUUCGAACGUACUGCAGUCAACAAACUGAAUUUAAAUAUAGAUCAGAAGAAACAGACACUGGAAACUAAAUUUACUCUGACGAAAAUCCUGAAAUUAGCAUGAUCUUUUAUUAAAUUUUAAGAACAUUAUUAAUAGCAGAGCUCAUGACAUAAUUCGUAUUUGAUAAAUAGUUUGUAAGUUUCUAAUUUGUAAUCGAAAUGGAAUAAUAUAUUUUAGUACCACUUACAACAAUACAUUACU